UCUCUGGUGGACACAUCCAGCGGAAAUCCUCCUAGGCAUUCUUGGGUUUGCCGUCGUUUUAGCUCGUUGACUCGCUCUAGGAGGUCGAACCCGCAUGUUAGGAUUAUUUCUAAAAACGUAAAAGGAAUUAAAUGUGUUUAGAUCCGAUGCGGUAACUUUGAGAAGACUCUGCGAGCCAGUGCGCCUGGUCGAGACGGUUUUAAGAAAGCAAAGUGAGGAAGGUACCAGCAGAACGGAUUAGUUUGUCCGCUUUCAAGGUUUGCAUACGGUACCAAAGAGGUAGGACCUCAUCCAUCAUCUGGCCCGGAUGUGCCCCCAAGUGCCACUUUGAUCUGGCAGAAGAGCAGACCAGACUGACGGCAGGAUGGGUAGCUUUUCCAGCAAGGAGAGCCAUGGACACACAGGAAACCAACUGGAUAGUUUCCACACUCCUCCUGCUUCCCCACAAAGUGACAAACCUGGAUUUGAACCUAAUGCCCCCCGAAUCCUCCACCCCAUAUCACCAAAAUCCCCCAGCACAGUUUCAUCUUCACCUCCCGCCUCGGUGGUCACAUCCUCCAGCGUUAAACGAUCACAGCCAAGUUCUGCCGUUCCACCACCUGAGUGGAGACCUCCUCCGCCACGGCUCAACUCAAACAGCUCCGCAAAUGUUUCAGCAGUCAGUCCAGUGUCAACUAAGCCUGAAAGUACAUUAGCAGUGAAAGGAAAUGUUACAAGCAGAAAUGGAGCUCCUUCUACUUCUACGGUCCGGAUUGUGGUUGCACAGGGCAAGUGCAUGCCCGUCAGCCCUGCAAAGAUCCCAACCUCGACGUGUAGUUCCUCACUGCCUGUGUCCAACUCCUCUGGACCAAAAUGGAAAGAAAGGGACAGCAGUGUGAGUCAAACUUUGUUGCCAGGUCCAGAGGUCAGAGACGUCCAGUCCAAAGAAUUGGAAAGUCUAUUGGACGAGUGUCGGACAACAUUAGGGACCUCUGACAGUCAAGAUGGGCCCACAAAUGCCAUAGAAAUGCUGAAACGACUGCAGACAGAAGUGAAGAAUUUGAAGAGUGCAAUGCAGACUGAGCGGACAGAAUGGCUGCAAUUUCAAGCUGACCUUCAGGUGGCGGUGUCAGUGGCUGACCGUCUGAGAGCUGAGGCCGAAGAGGACCUGAGUGCACUCCGGACGGCUCAUAAAGAUGUGGAGAGGGAACUGGCUGCAGCCCUGCAGAGACAGAAGGAGGCUGACAUGCAGCUUGUCACUUUGAGAAGGGAGCUGGAGGAGAGCAGGCAGAGGCUAGAGACACUGAGUCAGACUCCAGACAAAACUAAUACCCAAGAAGAAGAGAAGAUCCAACCUCUGAAGAACUCUGACAGCAGCGAGGGGGGACAGAGGGGGAAGGAGAGGGGGGUGUACCGGCUGGCGGGGUGUCUGAAUGACACCGUGAAAAGUGCUGUCAGAGAGGACUGUGUAGCUGUUACUAAACGAUACCUGAGAAAUGUAACCAAUGAAGAAAGGAGGAGGGAGGAGAUGCGUUCUGGUGAACUGCGAAGAACAGCAACCACUGAGAGGUCAAGGAGCCUGUCGAGAUUACCAGCACACUCUGACUCCCCUACAAUACAGAAUGGAACAUCCCAGUCAACUGUUUCCACAACACCUGAAUCAACAAACAAAAAUUUAGUCCAACUUAGAGGACGAAGAAAUCUGGACCAACAAGAGAGCAAGUCAAACACUGAUACAGGAAAACGUGAAGAAACUCUAAACAAGUACAAUUCAACUCUCUCCGAGCUGCCGCCAACCAGGUCCCAGGAUGGCUUCAACCUGCUGCUACGUCGCCACGGAGGCUCAAAAAGGAAUUCACUGUUACGUUGGUGUCAGGGCCAAACCCAAGGCUACAAAAAUAUUGACAUUACCAACUUUAGCAGCAGCUGGGUGGAUGGCCUCGCAUUUUGUGCCGUGUACCACAGCUACCUCCCCUCACAUAUUCCUUAUAGCAGCCUCAGUCCAGACAACAAGAGGGAGAAUCUCAGUCUUGCAUUCAAAACAGGAGAGACUGUCGGGAUUGUCCAAUCUUUGAGUGUUGAAGACAUGCUGCGUGCAGGUGGUCCUGACUGGCAAAUGGUCCUCAGUUAUGUGGAGAGCAUGUAUCGUCAUUUUGAAAUGUGAUUAAUGGAGGAGCAGUGAACUAUCCAAGUAUCCAGGCCUGGAUGUAAAAGUGGGCUUCAUUGAACGUGUGACGGCGUUACAGGCGGCCAUAUACACGUCCAUCGUACUAUACUGACGCACCAAAUGCCUUCUUAGACUUGUGGAAAGUGGACUUUGUACUGGCGGUUAUCCUACGCACAUGCCAAAUAUUUGCCAAACCUUCCUUGUAACUGUUAAUAUGUAACUAGUGUUAAUACCAAGAAUAAACUGUUGAAUGUU